UUUAAUUUAUUUUAAGAAAACUAUUCUUAUUUUUUGAACAUUAUAUAUAUUAGUUUUCAAUAUCUCUUUAUCAUAGAUAAAAUAGAUAAAUCAACGCUAUUCUUGCAACACUAAAGGAAAAGGAUUUAUGGCACCGAGGCUUUCGUACAAGUUACGUAAUUAAAAUUGCAUCACAGUGCAUGUGGUCAUUUUGCACAGAAGAAAACCUUUUAAGAAAGUCUUGUAUGUGACAUAAAAGUGAAAGUAAGAUAUGUAAAAUAUUCAAUGAGAUGGAACUUUGUUGACGACAAUCAGAAAAAGCGUGAGGUACGAGUGAACAAAUAAGAACGGCACGGAACAUUAGACUCAAUUAUACAAACAUGUUCGCAAGAUUAAAGGGAAAACAGUGUCCAAUUUAUCCCGUUUCGCUUGAAUAAAUUUUAAGGCGGUACAUUUCGUGGCUCGUUAAGAUCGUUGGAUUUGAUUAUCGGCGAAUUUCCUGUCUGUCUGCAGGUUUUCCAUAGAUCACCACGAGGACAGACAGCUCGUCUUUAUCUCGCGCGUGGACUCAUCAAUGAUGCAUUGUGUCAUUUGAUUUUACGUCACCUGGACCUUUGGUUUCCACGAAUACACACAUACACACACGCGAGCAGGUUAAGCCGAAAAAGUGGGGAAGUCUGUGACGGGAAUCCGGGUCGGAGGAGGAUGGACCGAUCCGGGAAGGCCGAAAAGAGAACGAGAAGAAUGAAAGAGGCGCGCGCAGCGUCUCUUUCACUUUGCACACCGACACAUCAUCGUUUCUGCGAGCCUUCCCGGCGACCUAACGCGAUCGCCGGUUGCUACGUCGAUCGGCUGCUUGACCACUCGUGUUCUCCUUACGCGGUGCGCGGUAUAAGCCGAUAAGUUUCGCGUUGUCGAGUGUGCGCAGAGCCAGUUCGUCGUACGAGGGAAUUUCCCGGAGACAGUUUUCGGGUAAAGUGAAACGGAAGUGCUCUUCGCAGACUCCGGAGGGAUUUUUUGGGAAAAUCGGGUGGAGCUCCCUAUUAAUCGCCCUUGAAAAACCGAGGAUCUUCAUGAAGAUCCGGAAAACGUUGGUGUGCUUGACCGCGCGCUUUGAGGAAAUUACGGAGUUUCGGAGCACGUUGCCCCGAUUUUGAACACGCCUUUCUUACCUGUAGUCUAAUCGCGAAGUAAGUGGGAUCGAGGUGAGCCGUGUCACGAGAUUCAGAGUUUUACGAACUGUACGAUAUUUUGCAACAAGAGAGUCCAAUGCUCGCGGUAGAUAAAGGAAAACGAUGACAGAAUGUCGAGCGUGGAGGAUAAUUUUACUCGUUGUUAUAUGGAAAACGACCGCAUAUGCGGACACAAACAUCGCACAAAUUUAUUCACAUGACGAAGACAGGAAACCGCUCGAGCCGAACAAAUACAUUUAUUCCUGGACAGGGCCAAAUGCUUUGGCCAGGUCGGCCUUGGUCGAGAGACAAGAAAGGCUGCAAUAUAAUUGCGAGCUUGAGAGUAGCCAGAUCGAUAUCGCCGCGUUAAAUCCAGAAUCAUUCAAGAAUAUCCUCGUGGAUGAUGUACACGAAUUGCUAUACUGCUAUGUACCAAAGGUGGCUUGCACAAAUUGGAAGCGCGUCCUGAUGAUCGCAAUCGGGAAAUGGCCUGGUAAUGAUCCCCUAGAGAUACCGGCCGAUCAAGCUCAUUCUCCCGGUACUUUUCAGCGAUUGAGCAAUUACACCAUGCCCGAGAUAGAGAAGAAAUUGGCGACAUACGACAAGCUAAUUGUCGUGCGACAUCCUCUGGAAAGGCUUUUAUCGGCCUAUCGAAAUAAAUUGGAAACCAAACAUGAGAAAAGCGCGAGAUAUUUUCAAACCCGCUUCGGCAAGAAAAUUAUUAAGAAAUACAGAUCAAACGCGAGCAAUGAGUCUUUAAGGAACGGUGAUGACGUAACGUUUCGCGAGUUCGUCGACUUUGUUACCGACGACACCGGGAAUGGAACUCGAAAUGAACAUUGGAGACCAAUAUAUGAUCUCUGCCAACCGUGCAUAGUUAAUUACAAUCUUGUAAGUAAAUAUGAGAGUUUAGUCGAGGAUGCCACAGAAAUUCUCGAACGAAUAGGUGUCACAUCUGUGAAUUUUCCAGCUAGACCACCAAGUAGCGAACCCACGUCGAGAAAACUGGAUAGGUAUUACUCUACACUAAGCUACAAACAACUUCGCAAGCUGUCAGAUCUGUACAAAUUAGAUUUAAGACUGUUCGACUACUCGUUGGAAGAUGUGCUGGGAUUUUCCUUGGCUUAAAGCGCUCGUUAAUAUUAAAAGGCAAUUUACAUCAGAGUGUUAUGACUUAACUGUCACAUUAUUAUAGUUUACGUAAUAUGACCAAACACUUAUUCAUGUGCAAAUAAUUACUUUGCAGUUUGUAAGUGCAAUAAUAUUAACAUUUUACAAUUUUCGAGCAAAAGACUUUUUGAGCAAUGCGUAGAACAUUCUAUUUUGAUGAAGCUUCAUACUAUCUCGUGUUAUGUUCUGUACAAAACUUUUUUUAAAUAUAUAAUAUAGUAUUAAAACAUUUUUCUCCACAUAAAAACCAUAUAUUGAGCUUUGAUGUUUUAUGCCUUUAUUAAGCCAUAGCAAAUCGACUAGUAUUAUUAAUACAAAUAAAAAAUCAAAA